CCGUCACAUUGAUAAGAUAUCAGAACGGGGUCCAUUCCUGUACGCUUGACUAUAGCAGACCCCUCGAUAACAAGCUCCUGAGAUCCCUUCGUAACUAUCUUCCCAACAAGCAACAUAACAAAGAUGGCAAGCAACAACGGAGCGGGUGAGAGGCACUAUUGCGAGGCUCUGGGUUGCAAUAGGAGCUUCAAGAACAAGAACAGUCUCAAGACGCACAUCAAUGGCGUGCACCAGGAAGGAUAUCCUUGCCAGAGAUGCGGGAGGGAUUUAAAGGAUCCCUCCAACCUUAAGAGGCACGGUCCCAAAUGUCCACGGGCCAGCCCAGAGGAAAAGGCCAAGGCCACGCUCUUUAGUUGUGCAUGGCCCUCGUGCAGGUAUGAAGGGCGCAAGGACAACGUGGUACGGCAUCAAAAAACGUGCAAACUCCAGCCCGAGGGCAACGAUGCCAAACCAGCUCCUCUCAAAAUGAGUAAGGAGUGGAAGGAGCAGGCUGAACUCGGCCUGCUCUCUGCCACCAUUGAAGAAAACGGGGCAGAAGAAGACCUCCUGGCUCAACAGGAGGCACCUGUACCUCAAUUCGAGGUUCAGGACUUGAACGGCGCCUACCAAGCCCAAGUGGAGGAGGCGCCAGAAACCUCGCUGGACAACGCUUUCCUGGAGACCACUGGAACACAAUUCCAGUGUCAAGCUUAUGACAACGUCGCCAGUGGACUGGCCUUGUCAACUUCAGAGAGAAAUGUGUCAACUCCAGGGAGUAGGGAGAACGUCGCCUUCCCAGGGCACAAUAACAACUACGUUCCCCCUGCAGGCCAAUGCAACAUUGGCACUGCCAACAUCUUUCCGGCGCAAGCCGAUUACAACAACGUGGCCCUGCCAGCAGUCGGCAAUGACUUCCAGGGGCACGUUACUUACAACUACAACGCCGCCAGUGACAUGGCCGUGUCGUCUUCAGGGGCGGCCGUGUCGACUCUGGGUGGUAUGGAGAACGUCGCCUUCCCAGGGCACAACGACUACGUCCUCGGUGCAGGCCAGUGCAACAUUGGCACUGCCAAUAUCUUUCCGGCACAAGCCGGUUUUGACAACACGAUCCUGCCAGCAGCCGCCAAUGACUUCCAGGGGUAUGUUGAGUACAACUACAACCCCGUCCCAGGCGCAGGAUUCCUGGUCUCUGAGAACGAGUUGCCGUCACUGGCACCGAACCCAGAAUUGUACGUCCCCUAUGAGACGUAUAUGAAUUUUGGGAUGGACUUCGCAUUCAAUACUUGAAUGUUCGCCUCCCUUCGGUUGGUAUAGUGCCGACCCGCCGGCCAAUGUCCUGAUCGGACAAAUAUAACUGUCGGAUCAACAACAAUAUGUGACAGUUGACGUUACAACGGACGGGAAUCAAACGACCGAUGGCCAGGAUCGACAUGGGGAAGCACCCGGUCAAAGAUAUUGUCAAGGUCAAUAGACGCCUACAUCUGACAGCAAAAGCAAAGCCGUCACGACUUUUACCGCCUCAGAGGGCAACAAACAGCAACUGAAAAGUACCGGCUUCUCAAGGACAACAGGUACAACAAUAGCCCAGAUGCAAUCCUUGUUACCAGCGGUCAACCCAUAAGCAACAACUGCUGACACGGAACAACCCACAUACAAUAGCCACCACCGCCCGCCACCAAAAAGCAUCCUCUCUCUUCCAAGAAUUGCAUGCUGACCAAAGCGGCCCUUCUCUAAGAAUUACAAGUCAACAAGAAAGACUUCCCGACAACA